CCCGCCCUUAACCCAGGAGCUUCGAAAAAGCGAACUCAUCCCAGGAGCCGGAACGACAUGAGAAGGAAAUGUGACGACAAUGUCAUCUCGGCGCGAUGACAUUCUCCCGAAUCUGCCAAACCCCUACAUGGGCGUGCUGCCCGUCAAUGCCCCAGAUGCAACACGAGACAAACAGCAGCCGCGAACAAAUGCGGCCACGGCUGCCUCGGCGGCUAGUGUCCGCGCCAUAACGUCACAAGCCAUCGCCUUCUACUUCCGUGCUCCCGUUAAGGCCUUCUUCCGGACGCGUGUGGACUACCUGGCGUACGCGCGAAGUGUGCAUCAAGCGCAGAUGGACAUUCUGAAGCAGGCUGCAUCAAACGACCGCACAGCAUCGAGAGUAGGCCUUAGGCUGAGACAGGCAUGGCAGCUUCUGCGGGGCACCACGCCUGGUCUCCUCACUAGCGCGAUUCGGGAGCAUGGAUGGGGCGUGAUACCGCAACAGAUCCUGCCCCCUCUUAUCGCCAACGUCACCGUGGGUGCUGUGUUGUACACGAGCUAUCUGCAAAUCCUGGGUCAGCUUCAUGAGGAGAGUGGGAGGGCAACUAAGCGGGUGUACCCACCCCCGGGUCCUGCUCACACCUUCACGGCGGGGUUCUUGGCAGGGAGCAUUCAAAGUGUUGUUGCUGCACCCCUAGAUGCGAUUCAGGCGCGGUAUGACCACCGAGACUUGAUGCCGGCGAGUGGCAAGGGAAAGCCGAAGAGUAUGUGGGCUUUCAGCGCAGACAAGCUGCGGGAGAUCGGCCCACGAGGCAUCUUCGCCGGCUGGGGCCUCAGCUUCAUGAAAGAUGGGUUCGGAAGUGCCAUAUUCUUCAGCAUGUUCGAGUUUGUAAAGGCGCAGGGAUACUAUGGAUUCGUGACGUGGUACUACGGCGGGCUCAGUGAGGAUAUCGUCAACUUGCUCGCGAGAAAAGGGUCUUCGAAUCGCCGGACAGCGGUGGAUGCAACCGAAAGCAACAAUGAAACCGGAAAACCGGCCAUCAUAAGGCCACACUACACCAUCGAACCGAUAUUUCUCCUCCUUGCGGGAAUCAGCGCCUCAUUUGCCCAGCAGGUUCUCCUUCACCCACUAACGUACAUCCAAGUAAAACACUGGGACCAUUUGGAGGAACUCGACGCCAAGGCUGGUCGAAUUAUGGAUUCGGCAGCCGCGGACGCUGAAAAGCCACGGCGGAAAUGGAGGAUGUUACGAGCGUACUAUCGCGCCUACCAAGAAACGUGGUCUCGCCUGUUGGCUCAAGCUGCAUCAGAGGGUGUUGGGCUGACACAUUGGUUGUAUCGAGGAUUCUGGUGGAAUACAAUUAGACAGGUGCCCAGUACGAGCGCUGGAUUGAUCAUAUUUGAGCUGGUCAGAAGAAAGUACGGCAUGGGAAAUGAAGAGGUGAGGAUUACCAAAGAUGGGUACGACAUCCUACUCCGCUAGUCUUUGAGAGGUAUAGAAGGCGUCGGGGCGUUAAGAGAGCGUGGCACAUAUUUACGCUGCUCACUGUACAGAUUCUGGAAUAGGAAGAGGUGGCAUGUUAUUCAUCAUAAAGUGAACCACUCUUCGACCCCCAUUAAGAAUCGUUUAGAUAUUGUGUCAUGUCCGAGACACGCUGAGACCACCUCACUUACACACCAUGGAGCACGGAACAGUUUGAAAACAUGAAAAAACCACAUAAAUUUAGUAGAAACACAUGUUCCCGUGAUAAGAUCCAUCCCAAAUACCAUGAAGCCAUAUCGAAAGUCUUCCCGGUGCCCAAUAACGUUCCGCCCGGCCAUUGAGAGCUUCGAGUGCGGAGUUGGCUCAAAUGACGCAAAUCCCGGGCGGUCCGUAUUUAACCACCUCAGAUGUCGCCGACCAA